AGAUCAAAGUCAAUGCGCAAGGAUGCCUGCUGUGCCUUUGGCAGAGGGCUCGUAGCGUCUGUGCCACUAUCAAUGCCCGAGGCUGCCUGCUGUGCCUUGGCAGAGGACACGUCCUGCUGACAAAUGCUGGUCCCCGCUGUGGCCUCAUCACAUGCCACAUUAUUCUUGGCGCACAGUUCACCGUCACCACGACACCUCCACCCCGAACACAAGCACCGCCGCGGAACACAAGCGCGAUAUCGUACCUCGAACGGCCACUAAAUCACCCAAUCACAAGCCCAGUAUGCAGGAGCAAGCCAUCUGUAAUCUACUGGCCACACUAUCCAAGCCUCCAUGGACGAAGCCACUGAAUUGGAGCCUCCAGAUGACAGACGACGGAGAAGAACGCAUUCCCUUCCAUCUAUACGUCCAAUCGAACGCUGUCCAACCCCGCUCUUCAUCACAAACCUCCUCGUUCCCGGCCCUCAACCGGCUUCCCGCGGAGCUUCAACUCCGCAUCCUGACCUUCUGUUCCCCUCCUACUCUCUAUCAGAUAAUGCGUACCUCGGCGCUUCGCACCGAAGCCGCAAAAGUUUUCUGGGCGGAUCCGAAUACUUACUAUCUCAUCGAGGCGUACUGGCUCUUUGGCGGCGGGCACUCAGGCUAUACAUGCUACGACCUAUCCUUUACGGCUUACGCGCAGAACGUUGAGAUCGAGUACGACUCGAGCGCUGAUAGUCAGAUCGCUCCUCUCAAAGACGAUGUAUUGGAACUUGAUUACGAAAAGGCCCGAGAGUUUUGGAAGACUUUCCAAGCGCGAUUUCCUCGCGCGAAAAGAGUGGUGGUCAACCAGAAUUGGGAGUCGUUGUCCAUGCGACAGCGUGACGAUGAGCCUGUUGCCUGUUGUCUAAAGGCGCUUAUCGAGGCAUGCCCAGUUGAGAUUGAUGUCUUGGCUUUUGUACUCGUGGAGGUGCAAUCUGGAGGCUGCAAGCGGACUGCGCGUCCUGUUGCGAACAAUUGGCACAGAGUACUUUAUCGACUCGCAGACGACGGCGGAUGGAAAAAGGUCACGACAUCUGGUUUCGAGCGCAAGACGGUCCUCAUGCCCCCUAAAAGAUUCCAUGGCCCGGUCGGUGAGUUCGAGGGACUCAAGUAUGAAUGUGGGAGAAUCCAGCUGCAGCGAAUAGGCCUCAGGACUCUUGCAAUCGAAGCCCUCGAUCGGCAUUACUUUGAUAAGGAGGAUUCCGAGCCAUUUCAUUGCCCUUUGUCUGGGUGCGAUGUCUAUUUUGAGAAGGCAGGACAGUGGACGCAGCAUGCGGCAGAGGCGCAUGGUGCUGACUUGAUCAUGAAUUCACGGUUUGAUAUUUUACCUAACGCAUUACAAUAUGUUUUUGAAGAACGCAAGAACAACCUAGAACAAGAGGUAGAAGCGGUACGGAGGAAGUGGGGGAAGAUAUAUAACGAUUGGAAUGAGGAAGGGGGUGAGAAGAGGAGGGAGCUAGAGCGCGGGUGGAUCUAUCAGUUGGAGAACGAUGUGGCAUGGGACACAGGGAUGAAGGGGACGGAGAGUGAGCUUUGGCUCCGGUUUAGUACGGUCAUGGAUCCGACGUGGGUUGGUCAGUAAUCGGGAGACGUGCGUUAUUGAGAGUGUAACUGCCUAAUUAAUAACUCAACAAAGAAAGGACUUUCUA